CCUUGCAGAUUCAUCAAGAUGAGCCUCCAGAGUCCACCCAGACUCUUGGAACUGGCAGGGCAGAACCUGGUGAGAAACGAGGCCUUGGUCAUGCCCCCUCUGGAGGAGGUGCCCGUGGAGCUCUUCCCACCACUGUUCAUGGAGGCCUUCAACGGGAGACGCAGCGAGAUCCUAAAGGCGAUGGUGCAGGCCUGGCCCUUCUUCUGCCUCCCUCUGGGGUCUCUAAUGAAGACGCCUGACCUGGAGACCUUAAGAGUUGUGCUGGAGGGGCUCGAUGUGCUGCUUGCCCAGAAGGUUCGCCCCAGGAGGUGGAUCCUGCAAGUACUGGAUUUGCGGAAUGUUGAUGAGAACUUCUGGGUCAUAGAGUCUGAAGCAAUGACCCAUGCAUGCUUACCAAAUGCCAUGAGUAAGAGGAAAACAGUGAAGAGUUGUCCGAGUAUGGGAAGGCAGCAACCCUUGAAGGUGUUCAUAGACCUUUGCCUCGAGGAAAGACCACUGGAUGAGUUCCUCACCUACCUCUUCUUGUGGGUCAAGCAGAGGAAAGAUUUAGUACACCUGUGCUGUACGAAGCUGAGCAUUUUUGCGACGCGCAUCCAAAAGAUCAGAACUGUCCUAAGAAUGGUGGAGCUGGACUGUAUCCAGGUGGUAGAGGUGAAUUGCAAUUGGAAACUGUCCAUGCUGGCAAGGUUUGCUCCUUACCUGGGCGAGAUGAUUAAUCUUCGGAAACUACUUCUCCUCCAAAUCUAUGUGUCCAACCUAGAGAAGAAGGACAGGUUUAUUGCCCAGUUCACGACUCAGUUCCGUAAGCUGGACCACCUCCAGAGGCUUUAUAUGAACUCCGUUUCCUUCCUUGAAGGCCACCUGGACCAGGUGCUCAGGUGCCUCAAGACCCCCUUGGAGACCCUCUCCAUAACCAACUGCCUGCUUUCGGAAUCGGACUUGAUGGAUUUGUCCCAGUGCCCAAGCAUCAGUCAGCUGAAGAACCUGGUCCUGAGUGGAAUCACACUGUCCGAUUUCAGUCCUGAGCCCCUUCACCUUCUGCUAGAGAAAGUCGCUGCCACCCUCCAGACCCUGGACCUGGAUGAAUGCGGGAUCACAGACGCCCAGCUCGCAGUCAUCCUGCCUGCCCUGAGCCGCUGCACCCAGCUCACAACCCUCAGCUUCUGUGGGAACCACAUCUCCAAGGCCACCCUGGAGAACCUGCUGCGACACACCCACAGGCUGAGCGAGUUAAGCCUAGAGCUGUAUGAUGUUCCUCUGGAGAGUUACAGCGCCGGCGGUACUAUCUGCUGGAGGAAGCUUGCCCGAUUUAGGGCUGAGCUAAGGCAGUUACUGAAGGAUUUACAGCAGCCCAAGAGGAUCUUAUUUAGCACUGCCCUCUGCCCUCGCUGUGGCCGCAGUGCGUUCUAUGACCUGGACCUUGGUCAAUCCUGCUGUUCACCGCCUGCCUAG